AUGGGCGCUUCUGACGCUUCUACUUCAAUCCCUGAAGAAUCAGAAAGUGGAGCAGCUGAUGCGUCGACUGAUAAGGUUGAGGCUGAAUACAAUGAUGACAGUUGUACUGGGACUAAAGAUGAUGCCAAACACACUGACGAGUCUGGUAAGAGACCUGUGGAUCUGGAGACCGCUUCACAAGCUACAUUGACAUCUGACGAAACUCCCGAUAAUCCUAGCCAACAAAAGAAGACUAAAAAUAGAUGCCAAGUCUGUAGUAAACGGGUUGGACUCACAGGAUUCGACUGCCGAUGCGGUGGAUUGUUCUGUGCUACUCAUCGCUAUGACAACGCUCACUCGUGUACGUACGACUAUAAAACUGUCGGCAGGGAGCAGUUGCGUAAAAGCAACCCACAGGUAGUGUCCGAAAAGAUUCAACCAAUCUGA